AUGGCUUCAAACGGCACAAAUGGGAGGACCUCGAUCAGGGCCCCGAACCCACCCGUCCAAGACAGUGUGUUCAAGCAAUUUCGACCGGAUAGGCGUACCGUAAUUAUCACUGGUGGCGCAGGCGGCACUGGGUAUGAAGUAGCACGAGGCCUUGCGGAAGCAGGUGCCAAUCUUGCUCUCUGGUACGACUCGUCCUCCAAGGCAGAUAAGUUGGCUGCUUCCAUUGCCCACGACUUCGGCGUCAAGGUCCAGGCAUACAAGGUCGACGUGCGCCAGUAUGAAGCUGCCGAGAAGGCGGUGGACCAGGUCGUCCAGGACUUUGGCCGCCUUGAAGUUAUGAUGGCGAACGCCGGGGUCCCAUCCAAGGCUGGCGGGCUGGAUGACAAAGUAGAAGACUGGGACCACGUCCGGGCUGUCGACUUUGAUGGCGCUUAUUACUGCUUCCGUGCCGCGGGCCUGGUCUUCCGCAAGCAGGGCCACGGUGUCGGCAUUGCUACGGCGUCCAUGAGCGGCCAUGCUGCCAAUGUGCCUCAGGAGCAGAGUUGUUAUAAUGCUUGCAAAGGCGGUGUGAUCCACUUGUGCAAGACUUUGUCCGUGGAAUUGGCCAAAUGGGGAGGUCGCAUCAACUCCAUGUCGCCGGGCUACAUUGACACAGAAAUCUCGGGAGACUGCCAUUUUGAUGUGAAGGAAGAGUGGUUUAGUUUGACCCCCAUGAGGAGAGAUGCGGAUCCUCGGGAACUGAAGGGCGUUUAUUUAUAUCUUGCGAGUGAUGCGAGCUCGUACACGACUGGUGCGGACUUUGUGGUCCAUGGAAGUUACACCGCUCGUUAG